ACCUGCAUCACAAAGGUGGGAGUAGAGACACCUAAGUAAAAAAGAAAAAUGGAGCUAGAUAAUGUGUUCUUGUACACAGCUUUGGCAGUAGGAGCAGUAACCAUUUAUAGUGUGCUAAAGAGAGUAAAUGAUUGGUAUUACUCAUUCAAAUUUAGUUCAAAGGAAUAUAAUGUGCCUCCUGGUGACAUGGGCUGGCCAUUCAUUGGUAACAUGCUUUUUUUCUUCAGAAGUUUCAAAUUAGGUGGUGAUCUUGGCACAUUUAUAGCUUACUUUGUUACUAGGUUCGGGGCAGGAGGGAUGUACAAGUCGUUCAUGUUCGGAGUGCCAAGCGUUAUCAUAUCAACGCCUGAAAUAGUAAGGAAAGUGUUGAUGGAUGAUGAUAAUUUCGACCUGGGAUUUCCACAGUAUCUGAGGGACAUAUUGGGACAAGAACCAGUUGGUGGAACAACAAUCCAAGAAGACAAGCUUAUUCGUCGAUUAACAGCUCCAAUAAAGAACCACAUAUCGUUGUCUUCCUACUUCGAUUGUAUUAAAAAGAUCGCGAAGAGUUCAUUCGAAAAAUGGGCUGAGAUGGGAGAACCUGUUGACUUAUUUUCUGAAAUGAAAAGGCCUGCAUUUGAUGUGCUUAUGCAAGUACUUAUAGAUGGUGAUAAAGUUGAUCCAAAAUUGCUUGACAUUGUUUUUAACCAAAAUAGUUAUCGAUUUCGUGGGCUUCAUGCCUUGCCUUUCAAUAUCCCUGGAUUUGCUUACAAUAAGGCACUCAACGCUCGAAGGGAAAUAGUGAAGGUAUAUGAAGAGAUAAUAAAUCAAAGGAAAGUUAUGAUAGCAAAGACUAAAGGACAGCCAAGGAGCAACUUAUUGGAAACCAUGUUAGACACUCAAGAUGAUGAUAAUGGUGAAGGGAAAACCAAAUUACGCGAUGGAAACAUCGUUAAAACAUUACUUUGGUAUACAUUUGGUGGUUAUGAAUCUGUUGCUCGAGUUGCUACCAAGGCAAUUAUGCAUUUGGAAAGAAAUCCUGAAUUCUAUCAGAAAGCAAAGGAGGAACAAGAGGAAAUAGUUAAGAGAAGAUCAUCGCCAAAUGAUGGCCUAAAUUUUGAGGAGAUUGCACAAAUGAAGUAUCUUGCUAAAGUAAUUAAUGAAACACUGCGUAUGGGUAGCACAGAGACAGUAUUGUUUAGAGAGGCAAACACAACUGUAAACAUAAACGGGUACAGCGUACCUAAGGGGUGGAAGUUUUUGACAUUGUUAGGGAAGUUUCAUAUGGACCCCAAGGUUUAUGUGAAACCUAAGGAAUUUAAUCCUUCAAGAUGGGAUGAUUUGGACAAGCCACCUUCAUUUCUUCCCUUUGGUAUAGGCCCUAAAAUGUGCCCAGGAGCCAAUUUGGUCAGACUUGAGGUUUCAGUAUUUCUUCAUUACUAUAUUCUUUAUUAUAGGAUUGAACAAAUUAGUUCGAAGAGCGAAAUGGAAACUUGUAUUGCGAGAAUUAAGAAGCUCUCAACAUCAUACGAAUGACAAUUUCAGCGUUUAAUUUUUCGGAAUUUUCCAUUUGUAUUUGCUCUUUAUAUUAUCUGGAUCCUGAAUAAAUGGCCCUUUUAAUUUAGUUGCAAUUUAUGAUCAUUUGUAAUCUUCAAAA